AUGCUCAAAACUGUACCUGAAGUCAGGACUAGUCAUGCAGAUGAAAGAGGUGCUGAAGAAAAAGAACUCUGGAUAGGACCCCCUCAAGCAGCUGAUAGACACAAUAAGCAUCAGAACACAGGAUUCCAAAAUCUGUGGGUCCUGCUGCACCUCUCUCCAGUCUCAGAUCACAAAGAUAAAAACCUCUUCAAUAAUUUCUUUGAGGAGUUGCCUUUGUCCAACCCUUUCACUGCCUCCCAUGGGCCUGGCAUUGGAGACCAUGCCUGGAACUCCAUUAAUGAGGUUGCAAGACUUGCAGAAAGAGGCUCCAGAUACAUCACCCCCUGUGAGAGCCUCAUCCCCUUAACCUCUAGUUCCCUUUCUUUAACACUGAGUCACUUCAGAGAAACCAGCACCCACUACUCUGCCAGAAUAGAGGUCAAACAGUGGAAGAGAGAGGGCUAUGAUCUCUUGAAGGAGGAAUGA